AAAUGAGUACAUGGGCGCGCAAAAUGCUACAGUGCGCACCCACAUAUAGCACCCACAUAUACAGCGUGGGUGCGCACUGUAGGAUUUUGGGACGCCCGAAUAUCAUACUGAAGCAAUUUUAUGGUGCCCCGUGGCGGCAGACAGACGACAUCGGGGACCAUGCGGUAUUUGAAGUUGCCUUAAGUGCUCCGGAUAUCUCGGAGCUCUUGGCAAUCCAUAUAUAACCUGGCAUCUGCUACACUUGGAGUGUCAUACACACCCCAGUUGUCAUGCUAUUCUCUGCUGCUUUUCCUCUCCUCGCUGCUAUAGCCGUCUCUGCUUCCCCUGUCCCAGAGACAAAACGUGGUGUGUACACUCUUCGAGAAGGCAAACCACGAUUGAGCAUCGAGCAACGCGCCGCUCUCUCGGGGCAGUCGCUCCGGUCCAUCAUCGCUACCGACACAGCCAAUGUUAUUGCCAAGUAUGAGCACAACAAGCAGCUGGCUCAAGCUGCCCAAGAGGGCGGAUCCCUCGACAAGCGAGCAUCUGCAACCAUUUCACUCACGGAUGUCAACUCUGAAGGUGUAGAUGAGCUGUAUUACGGAACCCUGAACAUGGGAACGCCGUCUCAAGCGAUCACCUUCGAUUUUGACACUGGCUCGAGCGAUCUCUGGGUCCCCACACAGAACUCGAAUGGGAGAAAUGACGGUACCCAUUUCAACACUGCCAAGUCCUCUACAUACCGAAAUACGGGACAAUCUUUUUCCGAUCAAUACGGAUCAGGAAGCUGUAGUGGCACCCUUGCCACAGAUACGGUGUCUUUUGGCAGCCUGAAAGUGUCUACUCAAUACUUUGGGGCAGUCACCAAAGUCUCGACGGACUUUGAUAACACGCCAGCGACUGGCCUCUGUGGUCUCGCGUAUCAGUCCAUUGCUUCUACCGGACACGCGCCUUUGCCAAUGAAUUUGUACAACACUGGCAAAAUCUCGACACCUGAGUUCGGAUUCCGGAUCACUGCCGAUACGUCCAGUGGAGCCGAACUCACCUUGGGGGGCAUCGCCUCUGAUUAUGCCUCUGCGGCUUUCAAGUCCACACCAGUGACUUCACAGACUUACUAUGAAGUAAACACCAAUGGAAUUACGGUGGGAGGCUCUGUCGUGUCUGGGUCUUUCCCUGCUGCCAUUGACACCGGGACAACGCUCAUUUACGUACCGACGAGCGCUGCAUCCGCCUUCUGGAAUGCUAUACCUGGUACCAGCUCGAACGACGACGGGUCCUAUAACUAUCCAUGCAGCUACAGCGGAACCGUUGGCUUCAGCUUUCCCAAUAUCGGCAAUCUCAAUUUCAACCUCAACGAUCUCUACGCUGGAAACAAUGGCGACGGAACUUGUGUCGGAGCCGUACUAGGCCAAGACAUCCAGGACGUCAAUGGCAACAACUUUGCUAUUAUCGGGGAUGUCUUUAUCAAGAGCUAUUACACCGUGUUCAACUUUGGGAGCAACUAUGUCGCUUUCAGCCCUGCUCAUGGCUCGACAUAGUGAUAUUGAUCGGCUUCAAUCGGCAAUGCGAAGGUGGCUCAGCGGAGAGGAUUGUCAGAAGAAUAGCAAAGUCAGUACAUAUGUGGAAUUCAGAUGA